CGUGUCCAAGUCUCAAAAAAUAUUCUAAGGUCCUGUCUCGGCCUUCUUCAACCCCACGCCGCGAUCUCCAUCCUCACUGAGACCGACCACUCGCCGUCGUCCCCUUCCAAGCAGCAGCAGCAGCAGCGCGCGCUCGCUAUUCGGCUUUGCCUCCUCGCCGUGCUCCGCAGCUUCUGCCCCGCCCCCGUCUAUACGGCGCGCCCUCUCGGAGAACCUUCCUCGUUGACCACCUCGCCUGGAGCCGCAUCGCUUCUGCCCCGCUCGGCGCGGCGGCUAGCGCCACUGACUCCUGCCGGCCCGACCGCCACCACUCACCGCCCCAAACCCCACCUUUCCCCUUCCAAGACGAAACCAAGGGCCGCCACUGCGUCAGUCGAUGGGAAAUCGUGCCCCGCGGGCCGAGAUUAGAUAAGGAUCUGCACGUCCCCCGAAGACCUAGGCCAAAUUGCAGUCAUGGAGCCGUCAGCUAAGGAAGAUCCGCAGCCGAAGCCGCGGCUCAUCGUUCGCCUUGGGAUAUUCCUCGCUUCUCACCACGUCCUCUUCAGCGUGCUGUGCUGUUCCGCGGGCAUUAUCGCACUCCUCUUCCUCCCAUCACUUGCAAAGAACACAUACCUCUCGGAGAAUGCUCUUAUACCUGGCUCUGCAAAUCCAUUAUUCUCCAGCGAGGAUGUCACGGAAGCUAACAAGUUUAUCAAAGGAAUUGAAGCUGCAGCUGGGGAAUCAAGAGGCGGAAUGGAAAUGCCAAAAUUCAUAGUGCAACAAAUGAAAGAUCUGGGUGCAGAAGUGUGUUACCACAAAUUCCUCCCUCAUAGCAAGCAUUUUCAUCCUCUGAAGUUCUUCACUUCCAUGACAAACGAUUUGGCGGUUCGACCCAAUGGCACCUAUUCCAACUCUGGAACAAAUACAAUUGGCAUUAUACGAGCUCCUAGGGGUGAUGGAAAAGAAGCUAUAGUAUUGGUUACUCCUUAUAAUCCUCAGAAAGUUCAGGCAAAUGAAGUAUUAUCACUCGCACUUGGUUUCUCUGUCUUCUCCCUCUUAAGUCGAGCUGCAUGGCUCUCAAAGGAUAUUGUGUGGUUAUCUGCAGACUCGCAAUUUGGGGAGUACACCGCAGUCUCUGCAUGGUUAAAUCAGUACCAUAACCCUAUGUUUGUGGGUGGUGUUAAACAUGAACUUGAUGGUAUUGCAGAAAAGGCUGAAUUUACGGAUUUCAAACGUGCUGGAACGAUGGCCGCUGCUCUCAUAUUUAAAGUUGGGGAAACUAGGAAGUAUGGUGAUAGAGAUAGUGUUACAAUGUAUGCGGAGGCAUCUAAUGGCCAAAUGCCAAACUUGGACCUUCUGAAUGUGGUGCACUAUCUAGCUGUUCAUAGACAAGGUUUUCGUGUGAACAUUGAGACAAUUAGUUCGUUGUUGAGUUCUGCAUGGCUUAGGGCUAUUGCUGAAGUGAUUCAUACUCUUGGGAGUAUAUUGAGAAAAAUAAAUCCUGACUGGAAGCUUGAUAUUACAGCCUCUGAUUAUGUGGAGGGGACUGCCAACCUUGCUAGCUCUAUUUAUAAUCAGGCUCUUGGAGUGCCCACCGGAUCUCAUGGCGCGUUCCGUGACUAUCAAGUUGAUGCCGUUUCUUUAGAAUUUUCACCUACAUUUUAUAUCAGAAAUGAGAAUGCCAAAUCAUCAUUUCUUGUAAGGGGUGGAAGGUUACUUGAAGGGGUGGUACGUUCUGUGAAUAACCUGCUCGAGAAGUUCCAUCAAUCCUUUUUCCUAUAUUUCCUCACAGCUCCGAGCAAGUUUAUUUCAGUUGGUGUCUAUAUGAUUCCUUUUGCACUUCUUGUGGCACCCCUCCCAAUAGUUGCUGCUGCUCUUGCCAAUGGCGGUAGAAAAAAGGAAAAUUCAAUCGACAGCAGUAAAACAAAGGGCAGUGCUGAUAAUCUGCAAAUGGAGGGUGGAUCAUGGAAAUGGCUUCAAGCUGCAAGAGUUCUGCUUGUUAUCCAAAUUUGGGCAGUGAUUGUUUCACUACUACCGUACUACAUCAGUCAAAUUCCCGAUGGUACACCAAUACAAAGUUCAGUGAUCUGGGUGGUGCUCGCCAUUUUGAUGUUGAUCGUCCUAUAUGCCAUGUUUGGUUCACCAUACUCUGCUGGUGUUGAAUGGAAACUUCUGAAGGCCACGAUGAUCACUUCAAUCUCAAUAGGGCUGGGGCUUAUGUCGAUAAUUAAUUUCGCUACUGCUCAGCUUGGGGCAUUGAUUGUGAUCCCAAUGUGCUUGUUUUCUCGGCCGCUGAAAGCACAGCUUGGUAUGAGCUUCCUUCCACGGACAGUAUUGUGUGCUUCAAAUAUACUUCUCGCCAUCUUUGGUUUCCCUCCAGCUGCAUUGUUGAUUAUAAAAGGGCUGUCCAAGGGGUCCUGGACAGUAGACCUUGGAGAUUUCUGGGCGUCAAUGGAGUUCUUGUGGGAAUGGAGUAGCGCCACGUAUCUGUAUCUGUUUCUUGUCCAUCUUCCCUGCUGGCUUUUAUGCAUCCAUGUCUUGCUGCAUCCAUGUCGCGAAGUGGGAUCAAAGGUUAAGCGGGAGUAAGAUUGUUUGAUCUGGCGAAUUGUUUGGUAGUCCAGAACAGUGUAACAGAGGUGUUAAUUUCUACGUUCUUCAGUUUGCUAACCUUUUUUAUUUUAAGAAUUGCUUAUUUUCCGAGAUGGAAAGGAUCUACAGGCGACAGCAAGUGGGAGAAAAUUGAUCUGUCUUACAGUGUCACCUUUGCAGAACAUUGUAAAACAUUGCUGUUCAUAAGGAUGUUGGAUUGUUG